GUGUCCCCCUCCCUGUGUUGUUGUGGCGAUCAGCUGGUUCCCUUUUCCCGUGUUAGGAAGACCUCGUCCAAGAUGAUCACCAAGGACUUCACUCUGCCCACUGAGGAGGACCUGACGGUGCAGGAGAUCAACAUCAGCACUCCUGCUUUACGUGCUGCUGCCUUCCAUGUGGGGAAGGAGUGUGAAAAGCAGAAUAAUGAGUUCAUGCUGUGCCGUGAAGAAGAGAAAGAUCCCCGCAAGUGCAUCUCUGAGGGGAAGGCCGUGACUGCCUGUUCUCUUGAUUUCUUCCGUAAAAUAAAGAAGAGUUGCUUGGAGGAAUUUACUCAAUAUUCUAACUGCUUAGACAAGUCCUCUAAGGACCUCGGAUUCCGCCAUUGUCGCAACACUCAGUCCAUCUAUGAUAAGUGUGUCCUUGAUAACCUUGAAAUUGAGAGGCCAGAAUUUGGAUAUUUCUGCAGGCCCAAGAUUGUUGAUACAGAAAGGCCAAAGCCAGCUGUGGAUGCACCUCUUGAGUUCCCUGAUAGUCCAGAACCCCUGCCUGAAGCUCCCAAUCGGCCAUCUCGUUAUGGCACAAGGUUCUUCUGGAUGCAGUAGAUUCCAAGAAAAUUCACCUGUGUUUCUUGGCUCUUCUUCUGCACCCAUUUUGGAACAGUUUAACAGUAAAAUAAAAGCUUUGUGGUACUCAUUUUGGGUAUGACUGAUUUCAGUAUAUAACCACCCUACAGAAGCUGUAUGUCAGAACAUGUGUAAAUAAUUUGUGACAACUAGCAGUAUAUAUUAAAUGUACAGGCAAAUAAUUUAUAAGUAAAAGAGAUUUUACU